AUGGACCCGGAUGUCUGCCGGAACUGCGGCCAUAGUGGCAAGCAUAUUGACUUUGCGGACGCCCGAUGCGCCAUCACGGAGCGGGACGACGCCGAGCGGGACAAGCUCCAGGCCGACGCCGCCCUGGCCCGGGCCCGCGACAUCUGCGAGACGUCGCUCGCGCUCAUGAAGCGGCAGAUGCAGGAGCUCGAGGACGCCAACGAGGCCAUUGACGCACUGCGCGCCGCGCUGGCGGCCGCCGAGGACCGAAGGGAGCGCGUGAGGCGUGACCUCGGCACCCACGGCGACGUGUGCCUGCUCGCGCGGACGAAUGUCGAGGCGGCGGAGGAGAUGGCCAUCUCGGCUGCCGGGCGGUACUUUGAGGCCGGAAGGGCUGUGACUGCGUUAGAGGAUCGAGAGCAGUUGAGGAAGCAGUCGCCGAGUAUUCACGUGGAAGAGGCGCCGCCUUUGCCGGUGACUGUGCCUAUGGAAGAGGAUGACGAUGCGGAGGAGGAAGCGAGAGAGAAGGAAGAACGGAGGUGGAAGAGAUCGAAUGAGCGCUUUUGCAAGUGGUUGCGGCAGUCUGAGGCGCAGCGGCAGAUUAUGAAGUCGUCGUGGACCAAGCUAAGGGUCGCGGAGAGGUUAGCUGGUGAGGGCGUCAACGUCGACGUCGAUGUCGAUGUCGACGCAGUUGACGAGGAGGAAGAUGAAGAGACGGCACGCCGGAAAAGGGUCCAGGCGUGGACUGCCGCACGGAGGCUGACAGACCAGCUUCCGCCAGAGGAGGACCCUACUAUGGAGACGGAGUACCUUGAAUCGGAGCCGACUGAUUCCGCGGAGACGACGGAAGGAUCUUUCGAGCCAUUGGUGUUGGCGCCGGCACCGACGUCUGCUCCUACUUCCUCCGCUCAGAAGACGGGCGUAUCCAAGAGAACGCCGGCACUGAGGACAAGGGCAAAGACCGGCAGAGCUGCGACGACGGCGACCGCGCCUGCGACGCAAGCCCCGCAGACUGUGCCGUCAAGUCCGGUGAAAGGACGCAACCUACGGACUGCUCGAAGGGUGGAAAGCCAGACUCGCUCUGAACCGACGCGGCCGACGACGGCUACGACAACGGCGACGAAGAGGCUCAGAUGGUGCCGCCGCUGGCCGGCCGGCUGCGAGGACACGGGCUCGGACUGGGAAGACCCCGGCAGCGCCUACGGUAGCGGCAGCGGAAACACCGGCGGCGACACGGCCUCAGAGGGCUACGAGAAGGAGGUCGUAGAUGUGUUGAAAUUGUGA